CAUUGGUCCCAUUUAAGUUUGGCAGGUGUACGUUCAUCCUUGUUUCUUGCAGAGUCGAAGAAAAGUUACCGUUGGAGUUUUCUCCCGCCCUCCGAUCGGCGAUUGCCAUUCUACCUCUACCUAUCACAAUUUGUAGUCUUGGUACCAAUUUUCUCCUUCGAGCCUUCCUCGGUUCCUCCUCGCUUACCAAAGUGCUGCACCGUUCUUGGAACUUCCGUGGCACUGGAUCAUAGAGGCGGUGAAUCGUUCCAACGGCCGACUCUUUCUGCAAAUAGUCUGUCUAUAAUUCACACAAUAACCUAAAUCAUCGGCCGCGUAGUUCGAAAACCAACUCCGAGACAGGAAGAGCAGUCAGCGAGCGCAUUUGUCUAUGGCGGAGGAUUUCCAGGCCGCGGUGGAGGAUGGGCUGCGCCUCUCCAAAAGGAUAUAUUUCGGAAAGGACAGGGCGGUUGCGCCGCCGAAGCCUCCGACGGAGAUGGAUAGGUCCAGCGAGCAUCCGUUCCUUCCGACUUCUCCCAUGGUUUACGCCGUGAUCUCCAAUCCCUCGAUUGUGGACAACCCGGAUAUGCCGAGCUACCAGCCUUACGUGCACGGGAAGUGCGAUCCCCCGGCCUUGAUGCCGCUUCAGAUGAAUGGGAUUUCGAUGGAGGUGGAAUGUUAUAUGGACACGGCUUUUAUUACUGUAAACGGCUCGUGGCGUGUGCAUUGCGUCAUGGGCAGUCGUAGCUGUGAUUGCCGAAUCGCGGUUCCUAUGGGAGAACAGGGUUCAAUUCUAGGUGUCGAGGUUGAGAUACCCCGGAAAUCAUAUUCUACCGAACUGGCCAUGGACAAUGAAAGUGAUACUGUUCCAGGAGCCAAACCCCGGACUGGUAAAGGAAAGGUAGCAAAGGUUGAAGAGGGACCCUUUUUAAAACCCCAUAUUUUCACUAUUACAGUUCCAAAGAUUGAUGGAGGGACAAAUCUUUUGGUUAAGCUGAAAUGGUCUCAAAAGUUAAUGUAUCACGGUGGCCAGUUUACCUUGAACGUUCCAUUUAAAUUUCCAGAAUAUGUAACACCGGCGGGGAAGAAGAUUCCUAAACAUGAAAAGAUACAGUUAACUGUCAACUCUUGUCCUGGAACCGAGAUUUUGAGUAAAACAACGAGUCAUCUUUUGAAGGAGCGAUACCGACAAGCAGGAAAAUCAGUUUUCUUUUAUGACUCUGAUGUUCUUUCAUGGUCAAGCAGUGACAUUUCAUUCGCAUACACAAUGUCUUCAAAUGAUACAUCUGGUGCUGUGCUUUUGAGUUCUCCACCGCUACUCGAUGUUGAUCGUAGAGAGAUGUUCUCUUGCUAUCUAUUCCCAGGAAACAAACAGAGUAGAAAGUUCUUCAAGAGGGAAGUGGUUUUUGUUGUUGAUAUAAGUGGAAGUAUGAAGGGUAAACUGCUUGAAGAGACCAAAAAUGCCCUAUUUGCUGCACUCACAAAGCUUGACCCUGAAGACUUGUUUAAUGUAAUUGCAUUCAACGGUGAAACUUACCUAUUUGCAUCAUCUCUGGAGCCAGCAACUGCAACAACUGUUGAAAACGCCACUCAGUGGAUUAGUUUGAAUUUUCUAGCUGGUGGUGGGACAAAUAUCCUGCUUCCUCUAAAUCAGGCCAUUGAGAUGUUUUCUGAUAGUCGGAACUCCAUUCCAAUCAUUUUCCUGGUUACUGAUGGAGCUGAUAAAGAUGAGAGACAUAUUUGUGAUGUUAUGAAAAGUCAAUUUACAGACCGAAAAGAUGUUUUUCCACGGAUAUACACACUUGGCAUAGGUAUGUUCUGUAAUCAUUAUUUUCUCCGGAAGCUUUCAAUACUAGGUCGAGGGCAUUAUGAUGCUGCUACAGAUGUGGCAGAUUCAAUUGAUGCUUGUUUCGGAGCGCUAUUUGCCAGAGCAUCAUCCAUCUUUCUUGCCAAUAUUGCUUUUGAGAAUCUUGAUCAAAUUGAUGAGCUUGAGGUGUUUCCCUCUGAAAUUCCUGACCUCUCAUCCGAAAGCCCCUUGGUUGUAUCAGGCAGAUACCGUGGCACUUUUCCAGAGACCCUCAAAGUUAAAGGUUUCCUUCCAGAUAUGAGCAAUUUUUCAGUAGACCUGAGUGUGCAGGAGGCGAAGGACAUACCUAUUGGCAAGAUGCUAGCUAAGCAAGAGAUUGAACUACUUACAGCUGAGGCCUGGUAUUCAGAUAGAAAGGAGCUCAAGGAGAAGAUAGCAAACAUGAGCAUUGAAUACUCCAUCAUUUCUGAAUACACAAAUGUGGUUCUGCUCGAGACAGAAAGAAUGAAAAUAACUGCAGAUCCAGCCGCUGGUCGAAGGGCCUCCAGCAAAGUCAACGACGUCAAAACAGAGGAACCCACGCCUCGAAAGAUACUAGUGCUGCGCAACAACGGACUCGGGUUUGGCAACUUAACCGCCACGGAAGAAAACAUCGUCCCUGGAUUCAGCGCCCCAAAACCACCUGAAGCUGGCGACGCUUACAUAAAGGGAGCUUCUCGAUGCUGUAGCUGGCUCUGCAACCACAGAUGCUGCUGGUGCUGCAUGGGCGUGUGCUCAAGGAUGAACAAUGAAUGUGCAAACCUAAUGACUCAGGUGUGUGGCGCAUUGGCGUGCCUAGGGUGCUAUAGCUGUUGUGAUAGUUGCACUGGACAAGAAGGGUGAGAAGAGUACAUAACACCAUGUGUAAGAUGAGAUAGAUUCUUGUGGAUGGUCUUCAGCCCUUCGGUGGUGGGGAGCAUGCAGAGUGGUAUGCAGAUGAGGUGAAUUCUGAGAUAUACUCUGAGAUAUACCAUCAUGCUCUCGGACAAGUAAAGAAGAAAGUGCUUAGUUUCCAUAUACAUACAUACUUAGGGGGAUAGAGAAUUUGGAAAGCAGCUUGGAACUGCUUUACAAUGUCAUUCAAUUAACAUGUACCAUUUUUGGAAAAUCAGAUGAAGACACUAUUUUUUUAACUACGUGGUAGGAAAGUAUUCUGUAAAAAUUACAUAUCUACCUGUACAUAUAACAUCUAUCACUUUUAGAAAAUUGCACUUUUU